AUGGGGAAGAAGGGCAAGCGGCGGGGCGAGGCUGCCGCUACGGGUGCGCCGGAGGAGGCUCCCGCGGUAUCCGCUGCCGCUUCUGAUUCAGCCACGCCGAGGAGGAGCAGGCGACGGGGCGGCGACGCCAGGGCCGCGCAGGAGGCCUCCGCCACUGUACACGCACUGGAUCCCGCCGAUGCAGGGAAGGGGACAACGGACAGGGAAAAGAAGCCUAAGCUCAACGAACGAAAGAAGAAUAAGAGGGAGCAAUCUCCUUGUGCUGCUGCAUCGGGUGCUGAUGCUGCCGCCACGGGUAAAUCAGGUGAUGACUGCACUGAUGGGGAAGGUGUUCUAGGAGACUCUGAAGUUCACAAGAAAAGAAAAAGGAGUAAGAAGAUUACGCAGGAGCCAUCCUCUUCUACUGUGUCUGAUGACAACGCUAUUGAGGUAAACAAAUCCGGAGUUGGCUGCAAAAAUGUGGAAGAUGUACCAGGAGAUGAUGAAGCUAGUAGGCGUCCCAGAAAUGAAGAGGAUCUAGGCUUUUCUGCUGCAAACAUUGCAGAGCAGGAUGUACCCAAGGGUAAGAAGUCCAAGCUGGGGAAACGGAAUAAGAACAAGCAUGAACCAUCCUUUCCUGCUGUAGUGGAUGCCGCCAUUGUGGUUGGUAAAUCUGAAAGUGACAGCACAGAUGGGAAGGGUAUUCCAGGAGUUGCUGAAAUUAGUAUGAGUGCCAGAAAUGGAGAGGGUCAAGACUGUCCCGAGGUAAACAUUGUGGAGGAGACACUGGAGAGGAAGGAGCCUGAACCCAGGAAAUGGAAGAAGAAUAAGCAUGGGCGAUCCCCUGCUGCUGUGUCUGAUGAUGGUGCUGUUGAGGCAGACAAAUCUGGAAAUGUUGGCACGGAUGGGGAUGAUGCUUUGGGAGAUGCUCAAGUUAGUAUGAGCACAGUAGAGGAUCCAUGCUGUCCAGAGGCAAACAUGGCAGAGAAGGGGACACAGGAGGAGAAGAAGCGUAAGCCCAAGAAACGAAAGAAUAACAAGGAAGGAUCCCCUUCUGUUGUACUUGAUACUGGUGCUGUUGUGGCAGAUGAAUCUGGAAUUAGCUGUAUGAAUGGUGAUGGUGCACCACAGGAUGGUGAAGCUAGUAUUAGCCCUAGAGAUGGAGAGGACUCAAAAUGUCCUGGAGUAGACUUUACAGAGAAGGGGGUACCAAAGUUGAAGAAGAAUAAGCUCAACAAAUGGAAGAAGAAGAACCAGGAGCAAUCCCCUUCUACCUUGUUGGAUGCCGGUGAUGUUGUGCCAGAUAAAUCAGGACGUGGCAGCACAAAUGUGGAAGCUGCAUCCAGAGGUGGUGAUGUUACUACGAGUCCCAAACCGGAAGAGGGUCCAGAAUGUCCCAAUGUAAACAUAACUGAGCAUUUGGUGAAGGAAAAUAAAGUGAAUGAAGACUACUCUCAGGAACCUAAGCUCAAGAAACAGAAGAAAUGUAAGCAAGAUCAAUCCCCUUCUGCUAGACCAGACACCAGUGCUGUUGUGGUGGAUAAAAUUGAAAAGGGCUACAUAGAAGGCGAAGGAGGGGAAGGUCUACCAGGAGAUACUGAAAUCAGUAUGAGUCCCAGAAAUGGAAAGGGACCAGAUUGUCCUGAGGUAAACAUAGCUGAAAAUUUGGUGGAGGGAAAGAAUGAGAAUAACGGCAACUCUCAUAAGCCUAAGCGGAAGAAACGGAGAAGGAAGAAGAGGGCUCAAGUAGCUGUUACUGAGGCACCUGCGGUGGGUGAUGUCAGCUCAGAUGAAAGGAACGAUGUGUGUAGAACAGGUACCGUGAAGGUUACAGGAAGUAUGGGAUACUCAAUAUGUGAAUCUGAGGUUACUGCAAAAAAUGUUGUCCAGGACAUGUACUCACCAGGAGGAUCGCUUGUAAGGUUUCAGAGGAAAAAACUUCUUAUUCUUGAUCUUAAUGGUCUGCUUGCGGAUAUCACUCCAAUCCACCGCAACUCUCGAGACUCUCGCUUGGCACAUGCAAAAGUUCGAGGCAAAUAUGUCUUCAUAAGACCAUACCAUGACGAUUUUCUGAGAUUUUGCUUCCAGAACUUUGAGCUAGGGGUAUGGUCGUCGAGAAUGAAAGUAAAUGUGGAUGAUGUUGUCGAUAUCCUUAUGAAAGAUCUCAGGCGACACUUGCUAUUCUGCUGGGAUGCAUCUCACUGCACUGCUACCAAGUGUAAUACUCUUGAGAAUCAAUGCAAACCCUUAGUAUUGAAGGAACUAAAGAAACUGUGGAAUAAAGAGGACCCUGAUCUUCCGUGGGAGCAAGGGGAAUUUUCACCUUCGAAUACUUUGCUUGUGGAUGAUUCCCCUUACAAGGCUCUGUGCAAUCCGGUACUGAGUUGUACCCUCUGCUCCUAUUGUGUUGUAUGUGUUGAUGCUAAGCCCAUCUGUUGCUAUUCACAUAUAUUUUAUGUUGACAUCUGUAUUUUGCAGCCACACACUGCCAUUUUCCCACAACCCUACAGCUACCAUAACAGGACGGAUAAUUCAUUGGGACCAGGUGGAGAUCUUCGUGUGUAUCUAGAGAACCUUGCUGCUGCAGAUGAUGUUCAGCGUUAUGUUCAGGAGCACCCUUUUGGUCAACCUUUCAUUACUGAGAGUGAUCCGAAUUGGGAUUUCUAUGCAAAAAUACGUGACAGACUGGAGAAGCCAGAAAAGUGUGCCGCUUGA